AUCAUCCAGGGCAGGUAGCGGCAAAAGCCCUAACCAGGCCUUUCUUCCUCAGCCAGCCAGCCAGCCAUAUCUUUCGAAUCCUGCAAUCAAUCUUCAUUCAGAGAAAUGAAAGUUAAUCGAUUAAAAGAAGAAGAAGAAGAAGAAGCGAAAGGACCGGUUAGUGUGAGUCUGAAUAAUAAUAAUAAUAAUAAUCUUUCAGAGAAUCGCCUCCUAACCAUUGCCACUGACGAUAAGCACCUCACUGAUAUAUUUCACAACAUCAAGGCUUCUAAAACCCCUGCUGUAAUCAAUUACGGUGCUUCCUGGUGUCAAGUUUGCAGCCAGAUUCUACCUUCAUUUAGUGAACUAAGCAAAAAGUUUUCAAAGCUUUCAUUUGUAUAUGCUGAUAUAGACCAGUGCCCAGAAACAACUCAACAUAUUCGAUACACCCCGUCUUUUCAUUUCUAUAGUCGUGAUGGCGAAAGAGUUGACGAGAUGAUUGGAGCUGGAGUCGAGCGUCUACAUGACCGAUUAUGGCUGCACUCUUCUUAAACAACACUGAUACAUGUGCGUUGUUGAAAGUAAAACAACACUCUUCUUUCAUAGCAAAUGUCAUGAGUAGUUUAAUAAAUUAUGGAUUUAGGAUUGAUUUGGUGUUGUAACUAAUUGAUGAAUAAACACAAACAACAACAAAUUCAAAGAUUUCAUCUUUUAGAAGAAUGUAAACCAUUUCAAGUUGUGGUAACACUA